AUGCAGUAUUCUGCUACUGCCGUGGCAUCCGUCGCCGCAGUGCUGUGGACUGCGUACCUGGUCAUUUGCCGAGUACGUGACUAUGCACGGAUGAGACACAUUCCAGGGCCCUUCUGGGCACACUGGACCGAUCUUUGGCUCAUGAGGGCACAAUUCAGCGGCAAACUCUCUUUCAUUCUGCAAGACCUGAACAAGAAGCAUGGCCCCAUUGUUCGGAUUGCGCCCAAUUGGGUCCUCUGCGGUGAUGGCGCUACGCUGCGAGUUCUAUGGGCGGCUCGCUCCCACUGGAAGCGAGGCCUCUGGUAUUUGGGCCUACGUUUCGAUCCAUACUCCGACAGUGUGUUCACAGCGUUGGACGACAAAUAUCAUGACACUCUUCGGGCCAAGCUCGCGGCCGGUUACGCAGGUAAGGAUGUCGAUGGCGUGGAAGAUGUCAUCGACGAACGAGUUGAAGCACUGGUUCACCUACUAGAAACGCGGUACUUGUCGACUGGGUCUGAGUAUAAGACCGUUGACUUGGCUCGCAAGGUCCAGUACUUCACCCUGGACGUCAUCUCCGCCUUGGGAUUUGACAAGAAAUUUGGGUAUUUGGAAGCCGAUGCCGAUACCAUGCGGUACAUUGAGAUCACGGAGAAAACCCUGCCUUCGCUACUAGUCAUUGCAUUGCAGCCCUGGAUGCUCAGAAUCCUACAGUCCUCGACCCUAAAGUUCUUCAUGCCCAGCUCAAAGGAUAUCAUCGGCAUUGGCGAUGUCAUGCGGAGGGCCGCAGAGGCCGUUGAGGAGCGCUACGGCGAGAAGCCCGUUGUCAAACGCGACAUCCUUGGCUCUUUCGUCUCCCAUGGCCUUACCAAAGAAGAAGCAGAAGGUGAAACGACUGUUCAAAUCAUUGCCGGUUCUGAUUCUACUGCCGCAGCAAUCCGAACCACAAUGCUAUUCAUCAUGACAAACCCACACGUCUACGCCCGUUUGCGGACUGAGAUAGAUACGGGUGUUGCUGAGGGCCGCAUCUCAUCGCCGAUCACAGACGCGGAAGCUAGAAAGUUCGAGUAUCUCCAGGCAGUGAUAAGGGAAGGGAUCCGAAUCUACCCCCCGGCGACGGGUCUAUUGCCCAAGGUUUCCGACAAAGACGAGGUGAUCUAUGGAAUGCACAUUCCUGCGGGAACCAACGUGGCCUGGUCUCCUUUUACAGUGAUGCGUCAGACAGAGGUCUUCGGGGCAGACGCCGACAUGUUUCAACCAGAGCGGUGGCUCGGUAUUUCCAAAGAGCAGUACCGUGUGAUGGACACCCAAGUUAUGCUGGACUUUGGAGUGGGAAGUCGGUGGGAGUGUCUUGGCAAGAAUAUCGCCAUGCUCGAGCUGAAUAAGGUUUAUGUUGAGCUUCUUCGGCGGUUUGACUUCACGAUCGUAGAUCCCGCAAAACCUUGGACAACCGAGAACUUUGCGGUUCAUAUCCAGAAGGAGUUCAACGUCAAGGUGACUCGACGUGCAGCGCCAACUUGA